UCUGUUUCUUUUACUGUCAGUGUCAUUGUCAUUCAUGUGUAAAAUUUGUUGAGGUUAGCGUCUCAUGGUCCGGUUCUUACUUUAUUAAGUAUAUUUGUGAGCAUUUAUUGUAUGACUUACUUUACCGACAUCUCAAACUGAAAGUACGAUAUACUUUCAUAAUUAGAAGUUUAGUAGCAGUGACUACUCCUAAAACUAUUCAACUUCCUCAGUGACGCGAGAAAUCGCUGAGAGGUUGAUUUGUAUUGAAUAAGCGUGGUGUAUUGAAUUAAAAUGGCUGACUCCGAAGCUAAUGUAAACCCAAAAGCCUACCCUCUGGCUGAUGCUCCGCUCACAGCAAAGAUACUGAACCUCGUUCAACAAGCCGCCAACUACAAGCAGCUUCGUAAAGGUGCCAAUGAGGCAACUAAGACUUUGAACAGAGGUCUAUCUGAGUUUGUUAUUAUGGCAGCUGAUGCUGAACCCCUAGAAAUUGUGCUCCACAUUCCAAUAUUAUGUGAAGAUAAGAAUGUGCCGUAUGUGUUUGUUAGGUCUAAGCAAGCUCUUGGUCGGGCCUGUGGGGUGUCGAGGCCCAUUGUCGCCUGCUCCAUAACCAUUAACGAGGGCUCACAACUCAAGCCUCAAAUACAAAGCAUUCAACAAGAGAUAGAGAGACUCUUAGUGUAAGAUUAGUAAGUGAAAUUAUAUUUUUGUAAUUAUAUUAAUUGCAUCAAUAAAUUUUUUCCUUUUA